AUGGAAGAGAACCAGGCUUUCGAGACGGAUUUGAUUCACGCCAUUUUCAAGCUCGUGUGGUCCAGAAGAGCUCUCGGUUUGAAAUACGACGCCGUUUUUGUUCAUUUAGCUUCUUCUUCUUGUUCGUCUCUCUUACAUGUCGAUUUUGUCUGUCUGAUUCCAGAGAGGCAGUUGCUGGAAGGCACCGAAGCUUUGGACGGCGAGGUGGGAGCUGGAACAUUGAAGAAAAAUCGGCCUACGUCAGCUAAUGCGAAUGCCUUGAAAUUGAGUUGUGAACUUCUGCGGAAUUUUGUCACAGAGGCUGUGCAGCGUUCUGCUACAAUUGCUGAGGCAGAGGGCAGUGAUAAGAUUGAGGCGACUCACUUGGAGCGGAUUCUGCCACAAUUGCUUUUGGAUUUUUGAGGUAUCAAAAUUCGCUGGGUUAAAACAAGAACUUGAAGAGAUAUAUCUUUAGAGGCAACUACUAUAAGAAUCUGUUGGAAUGGCACUUUAUAGUCCUCGUUUUGCUACUAUGGACCUCACUAUUGUUAUAUGUACUCUAA